ACUCACAGGCCUUUUACGACGCCAUCAAGAAGUUCCGCUGAACCUACCGCUGCACAGUUCCGGUUGAGACCUUUCCUAGACCGAGAACCUACUCCGGCGCGCACGGGCCUCGUCUUAUUUCUGUGCGUCCCGAGCAGCGUUCCCGGGACUGCAUCAUGGAGGCGCGUUUCACACGUGGGAAGUCGGCGCUGCUAGAGCGCGCACUGGUGCGGCCCCGCACUGAGGUGAGCCUGAGUGCCUUUGCCCUUCUCUUCUCCGAGCUGGUGCAGCACUGUCAGAGCCGCGUUUUCUCUGUGGCUGAGCUUCAGGCACGCUUGGCUGCCCUGGGCCGCCAGGUGGGCGCCCGAGUCCUAGAUGCCCUGGUGGCCCGCGAGAAAGGUGCCCGGCGUGAGACCAAGGUGCUGGGUGCAUUGCUGUUUGUCAAGGGCGCGGUGUGGAAGGCACUGUUCGGCAAGGAGGCGGACAAGCUGGAGCAGGCCAAUGAUGACGCGCGCACUUUCUACAUCAUUGAGAGGGAGCCUCUCAUUAACACCUACAUCUCUGUGCCCAAGGAGAACAGCACACUGAACUGUGCCAGCUUCACAGCGGGCAUCGUGGAGGCUGUACUCACGCACAGCGGCUUCCCUGCCAAGGUUACGGCGCACUGGCACAAGGGGACCACACUCAUGAUCAAGUUUGAAGAGGCUGUUAUUGCCCGAGAUCGGGCCCUGGAGGGACGCUGACGCCUCAGGAGAUAAAGGAUGAGCAGAUCCCGUUCCCAAGCCUGUGUUGUGUCUUGUGUAGGGGCGUCAGAUCUGCCCAGAUCCUGAUCCUGGUCCCUAGUCCCAGACUGAGGGAGUCUGAAGGCAAGCUUGUCAGGCAUAGAUGAAGAGUAAGGAAGUGGACAAUGGGCUCACUUGGCUUCUGGCUUUCAGAUAAGGUUGGAGGCUUGGAUGUACUGGGGAGAUAGGGCACCUAUGGAGUUAUCAUUGGAGCUUGCAGUCUGGAGAGGUGGGGGCAGGGAUAUGAGGUUAAGAGGGACCAGCAAACUGCCAGUGCUAUAGCCCAGUUUGUAGAGUGCCCUGGGUUUGAUUCCUUAUGCCACAUAAAAUGGGUGCAAAUUGUCUCAUCCCAGCACUAGGAAGGUAGAGGGAGAAAGAUCGCCAGUUCAAGGCCAUCCUCUGCUGCUUAGCAAGUCUGAGACCAGCUUUGGCAGCACAGGACUCUUUCUUAAACCAGUGUGAAGCAGGGGUUCUCUUCUCUUGAAACUCAAGUUUUCCUCAAAUCUUCAUUUGUUCUAAAAAACCCCAAAGUCAGAUAAUAAAAGGGGUGGGGUGUGGGUGUGUGCCUAAACAAUAAAUCUGGUGGACAUUGGCUACUCAGAGUGGGUUGUGGACUGUCCGCAUCAGCACCAGCAUCCAUAUCAAGAGUCAGCAUCACUGACCCACCUGCAGGAUCACUGGUCCACCCCUAGACUUACUGGACCAGAAGUUUGCAUUCCAGCCCCUUUCUCAGAGGUCUUCCUGGGAUUCUCAUUUUGAGACACGGCACUUCAGGGCAUCGGAGUCACCUGAAGGACUUAAAAACGCAGGUGGUUUCAAAACAACAAAACUGUAGGUUUUACCCCUACAGUCAGAUUCUGCAGUUUUGGGGUGUGCUUAAGAAUUUGUUUCUGGUAUAUUCUGGAGAGCUGCUGGGUGCCCCAGGGAUCACAUUGAGAAUAGUGGCACACUAGCCUCUCAAAGGGAGAAGAGCCCAGAACCAUCUGGAAACUUAGGAGGGUUUUAAGGGUAAUAUUUAAAAAGUGUAUUCUGAGACAGGUUUCUGUCCACACAGGCUGGCUUCAGCCUUGCUGUAUAUUUAAAGAUGACUGAAUUCCUGACCCUUCUGACUCUACAUGAGGUUGAGUGUUUAGCUUAGUGGCUCAUCACAUUUACUAUUUUAAGCAGAGUCUGAAUUACGCUUUCCUGGCUGACCUGGAACUCACUGUGUAGACCAGGCUGGCCUCACACUCAGAGGUCUACCUCCCUAGUGCUGAGAUUAAAGUUGAGCACCACCA